GGGGCAGGGCAAGUGGGGCGUCGGGUUCCGGAAGUACAGGGUUCCGGGGGCGGCCUGGGGUCCCGGUGGGCGCCGCGUCCCCGGCUCCGGGGUUCGGGCGGGGUGCGGCCUUCCUCUUCUGACCGGCUCGCACGUUUCCCGCGGUGCCCCGGGACCUGCUUUCCCCGCUGCUAAUUGGCGCGUGGGUGGCGCGACCGCCCCGGGGGAGCUUGGCACGAGGGGAACUGACUCAGAUGCACCUGUCACACUGGGACACGGGCGGGGCUGCAUCGCCUGCAACGGUGCAGCGAGUGCGAUGCACGUGCCGGUCACCCGUGCACUCCGGAGCUGAGGCCGGAGGAGCGCUGAAGUUUCAGUCAGUAGAGUCGUUGACUGGCAUGCUCGAUACACAGCUUCAUCCUCAGCGUCCUUCUCUGGUUCAUCUCAGCACUUCUGAAAUGAAGGCAGGAUAAGGGGUUUAUCCUCAGCUAAAAGCAUCAUAAGGAAUUUGCGUCCAUCCUGUACUACAUGAGGUUCUGUCUCAACAAAAUUCCGGUCCGGCGGUGGUGGCGCACGCCUUUAAUUACUUGGGAGACCGAGGCAGAAGAUCUCUGUGAAUUCGAGCCUGGUCUACACAGCGAGUUCCAAGACAGCCAGGGCUACAUAGAUUAUCCCUGUCUCGAAAAACAAAAUAAAGACCCCCUGCAAAACCAAAAUCCCUAGAAGAACAUAGAAUGCCCACCUGAAUAUGUGAUCUGGAGUGUCCCUAAGUGUGACAGCUCACCACAGGCCAGCCUGGCAAGGGAUAACGGCCAAGGCAUUGGUCCUCAACCUGUGCAUCUCAACCCCUUUGAGGGUUGAAUGACCUUUCGUAGGGGUCGCAUAUCAGAUAUUUACAGUUCAUAGCAGCAGUAAAAUUAUAACUGAAGUAACGAGAUAAUUUUAUGGUUGGGGUUCACCACAGCAGGUAUUGGACGGUCUCAGCAUUAGGAAGGUUGAGAGCCACGGGCUUUGAGUAAGCCUGUUGUUGUGGAGUCUGAAGGGAGGGGUUACAGUGAUGGACCCUGCACAUUGGGGAAGGUGGGAGAGUGUAGGCGGGAACAGGCCUGGUGUGUGCAGACUUGUUAUCGCAGCCCUUGGAGAUUUGUGAUUAGGCCGAAGAAUUGUGAGUUCCAAGCCAGCUUGUGCUCAUGGGAGACUGCUGCCCCGAAUGCAGUGACUGAGUAGGCCAGGUGCUGGGAACCUGGGACUCCCAUCAAAGCUGGGCUCGGCUGUAGGGGAAUAUAAGGUGUUGUGUUGUUUCUGCUGCAUUUGUUUAACUCCAUGAGGCUGUGAUUCUUUGCCUGUCUAAAACACCUGAUGGUCUAAUAAAGAGCUGCAUGACCAAUAACGAGACGGAAGUAAGAAUAGGCGGGGCUCUCAGGUAGAGAGUAUAAAUAGAAGGAGACCCGAGGAAGAGAAGGAGCAAGCCAAGGGGGAGGAUAAGACACAGAAGUAAGAAAAGGAGAAAGCCCAGAGGCAGAGGGUGGACGGGAUAAUUUAACAAAAGCAGGCUAUAAACAAGCCAAGCUAUGGCUCUGUGUAAAAAAAAAAAAAAAAAAAUGCCUCUGUGUGUUUUAUUUGGGAGCUGGGUGGCAGAACCCACCAAAAGCCAAAAGACUAAAACAUCACACUACACUUGGCAGUAGGCGCCUGUAAUCGCAGCUGUGGAGAGGCGCAGGGCAGUGCUGGCAAUCAGCCUGAAGACUCCGUGAGGGACUCUCCUGAACAUACGAUGCAGGGAGGAUGGCGUCCAGUGCUGACCUCUGACCUCCACAUGCACGUGUGCACAUGCAUGCACACACAUGGGUAUGCCUAUGCUCAUAGAUGUUCACACAGAACCCCCAGCCUUCAGGAUCCUAGCAGGAAAGCAGGUGUUCGCUCAUGGGAGGAUGUGGACCCCACCGUCUGCAGUCUGGACGAGCAGCUCAAGGCCUUUGUGUCCCGGCACUCGGCCACCUUCUCCAGCAUUGUGAAAGGCCAGCGGAGCCUGCACCACCGUGGGGAGACCCUGGAGACUCUGGUGCUGCUGAACCCUUCAGACAAGUCCCUGUGUGAUGAGCUCCGGAACCUCCUGAUGGAUCCGGCCCCUCACAAACUGCUGGUGCUGGCAGGGCCCUGCCUGGAGGAGACCGGGGAGCUGCUGCUACAGACCGGGGGAUUCUCAGCCCAGCACUUCCUACAGGUGCUGGGGGACAAAGAGGUUCAGGAGGCGCUAGCUUCAGCACCCACUGCUACACCGGCCCUUACCGUGUCCUGUCCAACCUUUGGGGACUGGGCGCUGCUGGGUCCCGCAACUGGACUGCGGCUGCGACUGAACCCUCCUGCGCGGCUGCCUGCCUCCGAGGGCCUGCGAGCCUUUCUGGAGUAUGUGGCUGAGUCCCUAGAGCCGCCGUCACCUUUUGAGCUGCUGGAGCCCCCGGCUGCGGGCGGCUUCCUGCGUCUGGCCCGGCCCUGCUGCUACGUGUUCCCAGGCGGCCUAGGUGACGCAGCGUUUUUUGCAGUCAACGGCUUCACUGUGCUGGUGAAUGGUGGCUCCAACCCUAAGUCGAGCUUCUGGAAGCUGGUGCGCCAUCUGGACCGCGUGGACGCUGUGCUAGUGACCCAUGCAGGUGCCGACAGCCUGCCUGGCCUCAACAGCCUGCUGCGCCGCAAGUUGGCGGAGCGUGAGGCAGCUGCAGGGUCACAGGGACAGCAUGAGGAGAGACUGCGUCGCCUGCUGUCACCUGCCCUGGGUGUAGUGUUCCUGAAUGCGCGCCAGGCGGCGUCUCGGUUGCGUGGGGGUGAGGAUGAGGCGGUGUGUGCUCGGGGCCUGCUGCAGAGCCUGGGUAUUGCACCCCUACCCCUGCAGCGUGGCCCGCAGCCCACGCGCCCCACCAUCCUCUUCGAGAAGCUGGGCGUCGGUCGCCUCGAGCUCUUUGUGCUGCACCCGCCACCUGGGGACCCUGCUGCACCCGCCUGCGCUCUGCUGGUGUGGCAGCCUGCUGCGCCCAGUGACAAGGUGGUGCGUGUGCUAUUCCCAGGCCACACACCGCCUGCACGCCUACUGGACGGGCUGCAGCGCCUGCAGCAUCUGCCAUGCCUGCGCCGGCCAGUGGUCACUGCACGUGACUUGGAUACACCGGCAAGGGCUGACAGCCAGGACAGCUUGGCCUCACGGGAUAGCUCGCGCAAAGAGCCGGUCCGGAGCACCAUCGCCAGCUCCACCAGCAGGAACACAGUGCGAAGGGAGUCUGCUCCACCCAUGCGUGACCUGAAGAAGGACACAAAACCGGUGCCCUUACGGCCUACAGUCCGCGACGUGCGUCGCUCUGGGCCUGGUGUCACCAACGUAAAGCCGCGCAUGUCACAGAAUGGGCCUCGUGCCCCAGUGGGGCCACCUACCGCUAAUGUACCCGAGUGUCCUGGAGCAGCUGGGAGCAGUGUGGAGCCUGAGCAGCCACCGGCCCCAUCCCCGACCCUGUCCUCAGCUCGGUCCCCACAACCUACCGCAUCUGGCAGUAGCCCUGAGCACCUGUCACUCAGCCCGCUGCGCCCCGAGCCCACCCUAGACGCAUCGCCCUCAGCCACUACACCCACGGCCACAACACCCACGCUGACCACGCCCUCCUUGCCUGCGGAGUUGGGCUCACCGCACUCCACUGAGGUAGAUGAGUCACUGUCUGUGUCCUUCGAGCAGGUGCUACCAGCAGGUGACUCGGGGCUCAGCCUUCCCCUGCGCCUUGCGCGCCGCUCCACAUCUCCACACGACGUGGACCUGUGCCUCGUUUCACCCUGUGAGUUUGCACACCGCAAACCGCCCCCUCCCGCAUCUCCAGGCAGCUCAGACAGCAGCGCCCAUUCACAGGAGCGGCCACCCGAGACGCCGCCCACGUCGGUGAGUGAGUCACUGCCCACAUUGUCUGAUUCUGACCCCGUGCCUGUUGCGGACUCCGACGAUGACGCAGGUGGUGAGAGUGCAGCCAGGGACCCGCUGCCCACUCCCCGUGUGCCACCACCACUGCCCGAUGCACCCGGAAUCUGUAUGGUGGAUCCCGAGGCGCUGCCCUCCCGCUCCAGGCAGCCCCCCAACCCUGCCAAUACCAGUCGCAGCCGCAAGGCCCCUGCAAGGCCCAGCUCUGCCUCUACUGUCCCCAGAACUGCAUCCUUAGCUGCCAAGACAAAAGGCCCUACCGGGGACCGGGCCCGGCCACUGAGCGCCCGCAGUGAGCCCGCAGACAAGCCAGGCCGUGUGCCCCUCACCAGGAAGCCCUCGGUCCCCAAGACUACCCCCAAAGCCUCUGGCACGAGGAUCUCAGGGCCCAGUAGCCGCCCUGUGCCACCCAUUGCUGGCUCCCCUGUCUAUCUGGAUCUGGCCUACCUGCCCGGGGGUGGCGCGGGUCACCUGGACCAGGACUUCUUCAUGCGAGUGCGUGCACUCUGCUAUGUCAUCAGUGGGCAGGGCCAGCGCCAGGAGGAGGGGCUGCGUGCUGUGUUGGAUGCUCUGCUGGCUGGCAAGCAGCAGUGGGACCUUGACCUGCAGGUCACCCUGAUCCCUACCUUCGACUCCGCGGUGAUGCACAGGUGGUAUGAGGAGACGCAUGAGCAGCACCAGGCGCUGGGCAUCAGGGUGCUGGGCAGUGGCAGCAUGGUGUCCAUGCAGGAUGAGGCCUUCCCGGCCUGCAAGGUGGAGUUCUAGCCCCGUGCCGCAGUGCACCCUGGGAUCUGAGUCGCGGCUCUAUACACCACAUUGAACCCCGACACCGCAUUCGAGUGUGCCACUGUGACACGCCAGCUUCCAUCCUAGCACCACAGACGGGGGCAGUGCUGCUGUUACCAGCUGUUGAGCUGGCCACGGGGCAGGCACAGCUACCCACGCUCUUCUUCCUAGCACUCAGGUUGCAGAGGCAGGAGGAUCAUGUGGGUUCCAGGCCAUCCUGGCCUCCCAAAAGAUAGAGCAGAUGGGUAAGAUUUUGGUUUUGAUGUCUUAGUUAGGGUUUCUUGUGCUUUGUAAACACCUUGUCCUUAAACAUCUUGAGAGGUUUGCUGGAGUCAGGAAGGAGCCUGGAGGCCGUGGAGGGUGCUGCUUACCGGCUUCUCCCAUGCUUGGCAGCUCUUCUCGUAGGCACCCAGGCCAGUCUGGUGGGGGCAGAUUUUAGUUUAUGUUCCCUCUUCUCAAUUGCUCUAGCCACCGCACUUGGAGAGAAUCUAACAAGGAAAACAGACUAGGGUGUGCUCGGUAGUCCCAUGUCAGCUCAACACAAGCUGGAGUCACCUGAGAGGAGGGAG